GGUGCUCACUCUUGAGACACCAUGGUGUUGUACUGGUGACAGGCUGGACUCAGGUACAUCUGAUAAUUCCAGAUCUGUGCAAAAGCAGUGAAAGAUGCACUGACAACAGAAUUCAAAACAAAUGCCAAGAAAACUUCCGGCAGCAGCAUAAAAAUUGUGAAAGUGAAAAAAGAAUGAUCUACUCUUACUAAAGCUUGAAAGGCUACGUUUUCGAGGUGAAGAUGUGUGGGCAC